GGCUGUUCCGAAUCUCUCUCUGGAACGCGAGAUGCCGUCGUCGGGGCGGUUCCGUAUGGAGACCUUGGAGGCUCUCCGGAGCAGCCGCAAAGGGCGGCUGAUCUAUUGCCGGGAGUGGGACCCGGCGGGCGAGGAAAUUCUGGAAGGAUACAGAGCCCCCCCUGAGCUGUCUUCCUAUUCAGGUUGGGUGCUAGAACGAGUCUUCUCCCACUCUCCAAAAGAAGAUCCUCUCUUUACAGGUUCAGCUUCUGAAGAAGAACCCUCUCCUGUUACAGCCCAGGUGUCCUGUCUCACAAGUGCAGUUUCUUCCGCUAGCCCCUUGCUUUCCAGACCACUGUCAACAGAAGUACCAAGUGAUUCACAGUUCUAUGGGAAAUGGAGAGAUCCAGAUACCAAUCAGGAGAUCUUUAGUCUGCCUCCCCCUUCAAAAAGCAUGGAAGUAGAAGGCCUCAUACGCUUGCAUGAAGAAGUACGGAGGUUGAAGGGAAAGGAAGAGCUCAGGAAGCGCCUGGAUCAGCAGGAGCAGGUGAUGAAGGCGGCCUCAGAAGAGGCAAGCGAAUUGCUGAAGCGCUUUGAUGAACUCAAGGAGCUGAAGCAGCAUCAGGAAUAUCAAGACCUGCAGCAAGUCAUAGAGAACAGCUGCAAAGAAACUCAAGGGCAACAGGAAAAACUGAAAGAGGAGCAUCGACGCAGAGCCAAGCUUUUGAACCGGAAAUUGCGUGAAGCAGAGCAGCAGCGUCAGCGCCAAGAGGAACUGGAGCGCCUUCGCAAGGAGGAGAGCCAGGAGAGGCUCCGCCGCCUCUAUUCAAUCCAAGAGGAGGUGCUGCGGAUCAAUCAACAGAUUGGCAUCAAUAACAAGCAUAAGGAUUUGCCUGGGACUGACCUCUCAGCAUACAGUAACCGCAGCAAUCAGAUUUGUGGAGAAAUGUCUGGGCUUGUCCGCAUGGCUAAUGAGAGAGGGUUUCCUGCUCAGGUGGACGUGGCCUCCGCUGAACAUGUACUCCUGGAAAUGCAAGGGUUAAUUGCCAAUAUGCAGCGAGAGAUUGGUGUAGCCAUAGAAGAGAAGAGGAGGUGUGAGGAGGCAGCGGCGGCAGCAGCCAGAGAGAGGCAGAAGGAGUUGCAGAAGCAGGAGCUUGCAAAGACCCAGGUCUCAAAACCUGUGAUGCUUGUCGAAGGGAAGUCUGCAAAGGCUGGGCUUCAGGUGAAAGCAGUGGAGAAAACUUUGCAGUGGUACCAGCAACUACAAAAAGAGUGUGAGCAGUGCAUUGCUUCCUUUAGUGGACUGGCAGACAGCCAAGACAGCCAGGUGAAAAAAAUCAAAAUGGAUUUGCAGAAGGCAGCCACCAUCCCAGUCAGCCAGAUUUCUAUCAUAGGAGGUUCCCAGCUGAGAGAGAUAUUUGACAAAAUCAAUAACCUCCUUUCAGGAAAGUCUGUACAGAGUGGUGGACGCCAUGUAACUGUUUCUCAACAUCCUCAAGGUCUGACAUUCGUUUAUUUCAAACUGGCAGAAAAGUUUGUGAGACAAGGAGAGGAGGAAGUGGCUUCGCAUUUUGAGGCGGCGUUCCCAAUCGCCGUGGUGGCUUCAGGCAUCUGGGAGUUGCACCCCAAGGUCGGGGAUCUCAUUCUGGCACACCUGCACAAAAAGUGUCCUUAUGCUGUCCCGUUCUACCCGGCAUUGAAGGAAGGCACUCCCCUGGAAGAAUAUCAGAGGACUCUGGGUUACCAAGUUCAAGAUUCAAAAGUAGAGCCACAGGACAACUUUCUGAAACGAAUGUCGGGGAUGAUUCGCCUGUAUGCUGCUAUCCUCCAGCUUCGGUGGCCUUAUGCAAAUAGCCAGGGGACUCACCCACACGGACUGAACCAUGCUUGGUGCUGGCUGGCACAAAUGUUGAACAUGGAACCUCUGGCAGAUGUGACAGCUACGCUUCUGUUUGACUUUUUGGAGGUCUGUGGGAAUGCUCUUAUGAAGCAAUACCAGGUGCAGUUUUGGAAGAUGAUCCUGCUUAUCAGAGAAGAGUAUUUCCCAAGAAUUGAAGCAGUUACAAGUGCUGGAGAAAUGGGUUCCUUAAUGAGGUUCAAGGAGUUCUUGGAGAAAUGUUUACAACGGAAGGAAAUUCCUCUGCCAAAGGGAUUUUUGCCGCCAUCUUUUUGGAAGUCAUGAUUUGGCUUCUCCCAUUUGCAUCUUCAACUUGGAAUUCAAAGAAUGGUCUGGCCUGUUUGGAGGAAAUCACAUAAGUCUCUGGAGACUUUUUUUAUAUGAGGACCAUAUGAUCAGAGAAAGAGCAGCUUUGUCCUUCUCCAGCUUUAUUCUGCUCUUCCGGAUUCAGACCUUAGUAAUUCUUAAAUAAAUUAUUUUGCAAAGAAUUUUAAAAUGUCUCUUUAAUUCUGUCAUUUCUCUUUAAUGGGACAUGACAGAACAAUUUUGCAAACUGUUGUUUUGUAUUUUAGUAACUGUUGCCAGUUCUUCCCCACCCAAUCCUGUCAAUGGAAUGCCUUGAACUCUCCCAGAAGGAUCCCCCAGAGCUUGUUAAUGUAUACAUGCGAAGUAUUUGUACAAAGUGUGCCACUGUCUUAGGAGCACUGAGAUUAUAAAUUAAGAAAUCCAGUUACAAAAUAUUUUUAAUACAAUCAGUGAGUAUUUUUAAUUCAUUAGUUGCUUUGAGGAAGCAUUUGCAGUCCAUUGUAAGUUCAGACAGCGGGAGGCUUUUUCACUCAUUUGGGUGAGUCUUAUUUUUUAAGAAACACAGCCAUUGGUUUAUGUUUCUUUUAAAAGCACCCCUUGUAAAAAUGGCUUUUUAUUUUGGUUGUUGUGGAUUUUCCGGGCUGUAUAGCCGUGGUCUUGGCAUUGUAG